AUGGAUUUAUAUAGUGAAGCAAGUAGUGGGACGCGAAGUCUAACUCCUCGCCAUAUCAGCGCAGAUAAGGUGCUGCCAGAAAUCAACAAUGCUAUUAACUCGACGCUUUUGUGCCAUAAAUACAGUAAUAAUCCAGAAUUUGCAUCUUACUACUCAGCUCUCUAUCCAUACGCCUGGGUGCUUUGGGGCUGCGGACUGCCUCUUUUAAUCGUAAUAUGGAUACUCUACGCCAUUUCCUUGCGUUCGGCCAUGCGACAUUGGCGGGAUUUCGUCAGUUACAUAGCAGUUAUUCUCAGUGUCUAUCCUAUUGUGGCAACAGGAGCUUUCAUCACAAUAGUAUUGCCACGGUUUCGAAUCCCGGCUGAAGCCAUAUCACAGCAGAUUGUGACAGUGGCGUUGUUUAACUUCUUCCGUCUUCUCAUCGCAGAAUGUGGUGGAAUGGACGAAAUUAUCAGACGAACCAGUGGCUUACACUUGGAGACGCGGGUGCUGCCGUGUUGUUGCUGGCCUUGUUGUUUUAUCCCAAGACCGAUGAUAACAAAGAAAAGCCUGAUGGGUUUGCAUUACUUGGUACUGCAGAUGCCUGUCAUUCAAGCUAUUCUUUACGUAAUUAUUCUUGCAAUAUGGGCGGAAGAUUUUAAUCUAUACAGCCGCAACUUUCUGUAUUUUCAACCGUUCGUCGCGGCAUCCAUUCUUCCAGGGAUUUGGGGUAUUGUUAUGUGUGUUCGGACUUCUACAUUACUGGGCCUUAACCCAAAAGCAAGGUUCUUAAGCAUACAACUUGCAUUGAUCAUUGUGAAGCUGCAGGUCGGAAUAUCCAAGUCCCUUGCAGAUUUAAUCCAUGGGCCUUGCUUAGUGAAUUUACAUCCGGUCGUGUUUGUUAGUCUUGUACAAAAUUGCAUCAUGGUGGUGGAGAUGUGUUUAGUAUCAAUAUGGGCAUGGCGUUUGUAUAGUGUGCCACCAGAGAAAGUCUUGAAAAAUGUUGCAACUGGAAAGUCAAUAUCUACAGUUGAUGACAAUUUACGGGCCAUUGAAGUGGAGACCGUCAAAGAGGGAAUUGACAACAAAACCUUUAAUAAUAAUGUCAACAUCGAUGAUUGA